AUGGUCGAGAUUCAGCAUACCCAAAGCGAGAACAGUAGUCCUUCUGGAGAGGAGGAGAGCAAAUACCGCCUUCUCUACAGUAAAUCCAAGGUCUACGUUAAUCCAACCGCGUACGCCAGAGAUAACAUCCCGGGUUUCGUAGCUCUUGUUAAGCGCGAAGCUGUGAAUCCUACAUACUUGCUUGCAUGGAUUCCAGAGACUUUGCUCAACGAGAAGGGAACCGACGAAUGGGACAAGUUUGUGAAGAUUGAGGAGAAGGCGACUCUGGACGAGGAGGACGAAGAUGCGGUUUUGAUUGAUCUUCCUACUCAAAGACCAGAGUCCUAUGCAUUCUCGGUCCCUCUGACUUCGAUAUACUCUCUUCUUGUUCAUCCGCCCACCCUUUCAUCAUGGUAUGGUACGAUUGGUAUAAACCUCAUCAACAGUUCGACGCUCCCAACGCUUCACUUCCACGAUGACGAGUCGCUUUCGAUGACGCUACCGUCUCGACGUACUAGGCGUAACUCCACUAGUGCAUACCCUGCUUCCACGUCUUUACGACCAUCUUCUCGACCCUCGACUUCAUGGGGAGGCGAGGAUUUACUCUCUCGUCUACGAUCUUAUGCCCACCUUCUCCGCUCCACCUUACAGCCUUCAUUAUUUAUCGUUGACCCAUCUAAAGCUGACAUAGACACGCACACCACUCAGUUAUUUGACGAUGACGCCGUGGACGAUAUCCUUGGGCAAUCAUCCUAUGCUUCUUCACAUUCACCUGUACCUGCUCACAGGCGACCGCGUCCAUUAUCUAAUGCCUCUUCAAAUCCACCUCCCAACCCAUAUUCCACUCGUUCAUCCGUUCUGCAUCGCUCUCUUUACCCGCCCUCCAUCUCUACUACUCAGUCCAGCUCACAAGCACGGAUGGCGCUGCUGCAAUCCUUUUCAAAUAUCACUAGAGCAACACGCCACGCUGCGCAAAACAUUCUUUCACAUCCUCUCGCUAAGCCAAUCGUCCCGCACCUCCCGGACCCUGUCAGGAGUCUAGUCAAUGUUAAUGGCGACUUGGAAUGGGGUAGUUGGGUGGAGAAAGGAGGCGUUGGCGAGUUUGAGAGCGCAAGGGUGUAUCUUGCUCGUUGGGCCCGCAUACUUCCCUCCUCCUCUUCGAAUGUAGUUGAGGAGAUAUCUCCGUUGGGUGUGUUCGAGCUUCUUCACUCUACAAUCAACCUUCCCUCUCCCAAAACGUCUCGAGACCCGGCACACCCAGUAGACGAGGCGCUUUGGGCGAAGUGGUUUGCUGCAGAUGGACGGCCGAAAGUCAGGCUUGAGGAGAUGCGGCGCCAGGUUUUCAGGAGGGGCAUCACACCUCAUGGAACCCUCAGGAAGAAAAUAUGGCCCUUCAUACUCGGUGUCCACGAAUGGGAUAUCACUGGUAGUGAGAGGGAACAGAAAUGGGAGGAGAAGAGAAAGCUAUAUAACCAGAUCAAAGACGAGUGGUGUGGCGUGCCUGAGGUCUUUGACCGAUCGGAUGUCCUCGAAGAACGUCAUCGUAUUGAUGUGGAUUGUCGUCGCACAGACCGCACUCAGCCACUCUUCUCCACCGCCUAUGAGGAUGCAGAUGUCAACGGCGGAAAGGGGAAUGGGAAUCGCCGGUACACGACGAUCUCUCCUCAGAUGUCGGACAUUGGUGCGCAAUCUCCCAGUAAUGAGCACAUCGACCGUCUCGCAAGCAUUCUCCUCACAUACAACUUUCAUAACAAAGAGCUUGGUGAGCGCAUUUGUAUUAUCCGUUCAUAUGCGGGGAUGUCGGACCUCUGCGCUCCUUUGUACGUUAGAAUGACCUUCUGGUGCUUUGUGGAGGUAAUGAAUCGCAUGAUUCAAAACUUCCUUCGAGAUCAGAGCGGGAUGAAGAAGCAGCUCUCGACGCUCCAAGAGCUGAUCAGUGUCAUGGAUCCCGAUCUAUAUCGACAUUUAGAAAAAACUGACGGUCUCAAUUUGUUCUUCUGCUUCCGAUGGGUCCUCAUUGCUUUCAAACGCGAAUUCCCCUUUGACGACGUUUUGCGUCUAUGGGAGGUUUUGUGGACGGACUAUUACAGCAACGAUUUCGUUCUCUUCGUCGCCUUGGCAGUGUUGGAGUCCCAUCGGGAUAUGAUCCUACGAUAUCUUGUAGAGUAUUGCAAUGAGCUCAGCAUGACCAUUGAACUCGAUUCUACUCUCGCCCAGGCCGAGGUCCUCUUUCUGUCCUUUGCUCAGCUCGUUGCAGACAUUGACAGAAGGAGAGCGGAAGAAGCCACUGAUUCCACGACUAGUGUGCUACGACGACGAGGGACGACUAGCUCCGAGGGAAAAGCGUCUCUGUCAAAGGUAGCCAUGCCUACUCUGAGCGACAACCUCAGGGACCUGUUAAAGGCUGGGCGCUGA